UUAGACCAGGUGGCAGCACUGCUUGCUCCAAAACAAAAGCUUUGGAAUUUAAUUGCAACUGCAAUUCUUGUAUUAAAUUCACAUUGUUACCCGCUUUUAUUUGCCGGAAAUUGUGGCCCAAGGAGUGGAGCAUGCCCAGGAACACGGUGGCGGGCGGUGGGAGUGGAGCCGGUGCUGAAGGCGGUGCCCCGGAGCCAAGUUCGCCCGUGCAGAAGGUGUGGAAGCCGGAAUUGUACAAGCUGCAGCUGGAGGCGCCGGCUCCCUGUCCCCUGCGCUGCCAGCGCACGCUGCCCCUGCCGCCGGCCAAAAGCACCGCGGAGGCCGUGGAGGCCAACAAUGCGGCUGGUCGCCUCUACGGCUCCGAAUACCACGGCCUGAUGGGUCACCUGGAGGCCGAGCAGCUGCUGGCCAAUGCCCGCGACGGCAGCUAUCUGGUGCGGCGCAGUCCCCAAUCCGAUGGCUAUUACACGCUCAGUCUGCGCUUCAAUAAGCUGGCCAAGCACUACAAGCUGCUGCACAAGCCGGGCGUGGGUCACUACCUGCGCGGCCAGGACAAGCGCUUCGACACGGUUCACGACAUGGUGGCCGAUGGCCUAAUUAACUUCCACAUGCAGCUCCAUGCGAGUCCCAUUAUCCAGCAAAUCAAUCAACAGACGCGGAAUUGCUACCAGCAGUCGCCCUACAUGACAUUGAAUGGCCGCAAGCUGAGGGCUUUGUCCAAUGAAAUGGGUGGCAAGGCUGCAUCCGGAGCUGCUCCAGCUGCCGCUCCUGCUGCUGCUCCCACCUCUGAGUCAAAUGAGGCUCCCAAGGGAGAAGAGGCAGCUGUAGAAAAGCAAAAGUUGGAGGAGGAGGAGACACCGCUGCCAGCCCUGGAUCCCAUGCCGCUGGUGUACGAGAAGCUGCAUCACUUCAAGGUGCACACCUUCAAGGGCCUCAAUUGGUGCGAAUUCUGCGCAAACUUCCUGUGGGGCUUCACCGCCCAGGGUGUGAAGUGCGAGGCCUGCGGCUUUGUGGCGCACACCAAGUGCUCCGAACUGGUGCCGCCCAAGUGUGUGCCGGAUCUGAAGCGUAUACGCGGUGUGUUUGGCACUGAUCUGACCACCAUGGUGCAGCUGGAGCCGCAUCAUCUCAUACCGUUUGUGGUGCGUCGCUGCGUGGAGGAGGUGGAGGCCAGGGGUAUGCUGCAGGAGGGCAUUUACCGGGUGUCCGGCUUCGCAGAUGAGAUUGAGGCAUUGAAGCUGGCCCUGGAUCGGGAUGGCGAGAAGACGGACAUGUCGGAGACAACGUAUGGGAAUGUGAACGUAAUUGCCGGCACAUUGAAGUUGUAUCUGCGCCUGCUCCCAGUGCCGCUCAUCACGUUUCAGGCAUAUCCCAGCUUUAUGGCCGCAGGACGCAACGGCAAGCAGGCGGAGCAGCUGCAGCUGAUGACGGAGGCAGUGCGUCAUUUGCCGCCAGCGCAUUACAGUUGCCUGCAAUACAUGCUGGAGCAUCUGAAGCGUGUGGCCUCGCACUAUGCCGUGAACAAGAUGAACGAGCACAAUCUGGCCACCGUCUUUGCCCCCACGCUGAUUGCCACGCCCCAGCACAUGACCAAUCUAACGGAGGAGAUCUUUAUGCUCUCCUCCCUCAUCGCCCACUGCAAGACAAUCUUUGCCAGAAACUGAAACGGAGUGCGAGCAAACACCAAACAGAGCGGAGCCGCUUCUGUUCUGUCUCUGUCGGAUCCGCAUCCGGAUGUCCUUAAAAGCACAGAAUCCUUAAUUACACUUUGCCAAGCAUCCAAUAUACUUAUAUAUUUUACUCGUAACCCGAUGAUUCCACCAAAAAUGUAGCCUAAGAUCAAAGGAGAAGAUUUUAUAGUGUCUUUUUUUAUUUAAGUAUUCCAAAAAACAAGAGAAAAACUAAGCAAGCAAAAAGUACACAUUCAAUGUUGUAAUUUACGAAUUUAACGAAUCUCGAAAUAUUUUUAGAACAAGUAUUUUACAUAUA